CGGGAACCGUGCAUGUCCCACUUCAUGAACUGGGUCCGUCGAUCGGGUUCUCGCACCAGUUCUCCACGUGUGACUGUCGGCUUCCGGGCAAACACGACGCACCUGCAAAUCUUCCACGUUUUGUACUCCCGAUAAAUACCACCCAUUGCAAUUGCAACGGUAGAAUACUAGCACCCGCCAUACUUGAUUCAAGGAUACGUUUGGAGCGGAGAAAACAUCUAAAUCGGCUAACAGCGGAGAACUAUCUGUCGGCCGCCACUGUCUAGACAGCUGAUCACUACUGAGUCCCAGGACACUCGGACGGGAUCAUAGUUUCAUACACAGCAGACCAUGGAGUCGGUUCCCACCACUGUCUUUGUGUUCGCACCAUUGUCGGCGGUCAUCCUGCACGAAUUUGUCCUGCGACGAGUGGAAGUCGACCAUUUGACCCUUCAGAUUCUUGGACUAGCGAUUACCGUAUACUGGGUUCUAUUCUAUUACAUUGGAUUCGUCGCCGCGACACUGGUGACGAGUUUCUUCUGGGUUCCACUGUGGCUGUACAUCGGAGCGUACCGUGCCUUUUUUCAUGCACUCAACGUCUAUCCGGGACCUUGGGCCGCGAAGCUAUCGCGAUGGUGGACUGUCAAACAGACGUAUGACAGUGGCCUGCAUUAUCAUCGGGUUCUGCAGCGGUUGCAGAGUCGGUAUGGCGACUAUGUUAGGACAGGGCCACGUGAGCUCACUAUUUUUGAUGCAGCUGCGAUUCAACCAAUUCUGGGAGCACAAUCAAGUACAUCGAAGGGUCCUUUCUUUGACGUCAUGGAGAAGUCUUUACAUCUCAACCGCGACAAGGCAUUCCACCGCCAGCGUCGCAAGGUCUGGGACAACGCGAUGAAAAUAUCGCUUUCGGACUAUGCGCCGCAGGUCGAGAACUUCACAGAUCAGCUGCUUACACGAUUGAGAAGCGAGGAAGGAAGAUCCAUUCCACUGUUUGAGUACGCGACAUACUACAGCUACGACGUCAUGGCAGCACUGGCUUUUGGCAAACCAAUGGGCUUCAUCAAAGGCGAGCAAAGUGAUGUCGCUGCUAGUGUUCUUGCUACUUUCACGAAUAGCGUCCAGGCGCUGGGAUACAUGUAUCAUAUGCCAUGGCUGAUGAACGCGAUUGGUGUACUUACCUCGUUCGCAGGACCCAUGAAGGAGUGGCGAGACUGGAGCGUCAGUCAGAUGAAAGCACGCAUGCAGGUCCGAGAUGCCAAACCCGACCUAAUCUCACACCUCAUAAACUCCACCCCCAAAACACCAGAAGGUCGCGAACUCCUCUACGGCGAAUCACGUCUCAUCAUUUCCGCCGGCAGCGAAACGACUUCCUCAGCCUUGACCUUCCUCUUCAUGCACCUCGCUACACAUCCCCAUUAUAUAGCCGCUGUCCGCGCUGAGUUUCUUGCGAACAUCGACAAUUACGACUGCCAGCGCCCCAUGCCAAUGCUAGAAGCUGUAAUUCAGGAGUCAAUGCGCAUGUGGCCUUCAGUCUUUUUCGGUUCACAACGCGUUACACCCCCACAAGGCAUGGAGGUAAAUGGGCGCUUCAUCCCAGGGAACAUGAUUGUGCAUAUACCUCUAUUUCCCCUAUUUCACGAUGCAAGGAACUUCGUUGCACCUGAUCAGUUCAUUCCUGAGCGAUGGACGACGAAGCCUGAAUUGGUACUCAAUAGACAAGCGUUCAUACCGUUUUCGACUGGCUCGUAUAGCUGUGCAGGGAAGGCGCUGUCUUUGAUGGAACUGAGGAGUGUGAUCGGAAGGGUGGUCGCGGAGUUUGACAUUGUACUGGAUGAAGGAACGGAUGCAAACGCUUACUGGGAGGGUAUUCUGGACCAUUUCACUGCAGGAGCACCACCGAUGACGGUCAGGUUUCUCAGGGCGCGAUAAAGGCUUGUUGGGAGAAGAGUAGACAUUGACUGUUUUAUCUACUCCAUACUUUCAAAAUCAGUUUAUGAAUCCAAGUUCGAACGGGUUGCUCCGGGAAGCCAUGUCUAGCAUUAAAAGACUCUACUCAGGAUG